AUGGUCUACUUCCAAUGGAUCAAGGAAUCCUUCUCCUGUCGCUUAAAAACUCAGAAUAAUGAACAUUCCUCAGCCCAUGGCUCAAGACCAAACAUCCCGUCCUCUCCAACCGAAUACUUCAAAGCCCUCGAAACUUUGCAGAAUCAAGAACGAGAAAUGGCUUUUGAUGCUACUGCGAUAGCCAAAGCAUCAAGAGCUGAAAAGGAUGCAGCAUCCAUUCUAGAGGCUAUCCGCCGUAAGGAGCGCGCAAGACUUCUCGACUCCGGCGCGUCAGAUCAAUUUUUGGCAAAUGUUGACCUCAUCAACGGCAAUUGUAGUGACCUGAUGCGGGCCGCCCAGCGGCUGCCCAAGGGUGCACAUCUACACUGUCAUUUCAAUACCGUCCUCCACCCUUCGUUUCUCGUUUCACAUGCACGCAAUAUCAAAUGCAUGUUCAUUCGUAGCAGUCUGUCUCUCAAUAGGCAGCUUGAUAAUUUCAAGGAUGCGGCGAUAACAUUUUCUAUCCUGCAGGAUUCGACCAAGGGAAUGAACAUUUUCGACAGAAAUUACAAACCCCUUUCCUGGAUGAGAUAUUCCCAGUUCUUGCAGAAGUUUCCUGGUGGUUGGAGAAAAGCAGAGGAAUGGUUGGCGAAUAAAAGCAUUAUGUCCGCCGAGGAUGUGCAUGCUAUGGAACAGACGAUGGACGGGCAAGUAAAUAUGGUUUGGGAUCUAUUUAAUCGCAGCACACAGAUGAUGAAAGGACUCUUCAAUUAUGAAUCUGCGUUCCGGAGCUACAUCGGAAAGGCCAUUGAUAGCUUCGUUGAGGACAACGUCAUGUACGCUGAAGUCCGGCCGAAUUUCUUUGAUAAAUACAUCGUCAGUGAUGAUGGUAUUAGGCAACUUGACCACCAUGCUUGGAUGCAAAUCAUCCAACAGGAGGUUGAUGCAAAAUUAAAGCAGUUUGACGCAGAGAGCAAAGGAACUGGUCGCUUCAAGGGACUGAAAGUCAUCUAUUGCGCACCUCGCUCCAUCAGAAAGGAAGACAUGAUAUGGUGCCUCAACGAUUGCGUAUUAUUAAAAAAAUCAUUCCCAGAUUUGAUCUGCGGCUUUGACAUGGUAGGCUGCGAAGGCCGUGGCAAUCCAAUCCGUCACUACAUUCCUGAACUCUUGCAGUUCCAAAAAACCUGUUCCAACCUAAAUCUGGACAUUCCAUUCCUCUUCCAUGCUGGUGAAACACUCGAGAGCCAGGGACCAACAGACGGCAACCUCUACGACGCCAUAUUGCUGGGCUCCAAGCGCAUUGGACACGGCUACGCGAUGGCACGUCACCCGCUGCUCAUGCAAAUGUGUCGCGAGCGAAGCAUCGCGCUGGAAAUCUGCCCUAUUUCCAAUGAGGUGCUGCAUUUAUGCUCGUCCGUGCGGGGACACGUGUUGCCAACGCUCCUAGCGAAUUCAGUCCCGUGUACGAUUAAUAGUGAUAAUCCUUCGUACUUUAGAUCUUCGCUCUCACACGACUUCUAUCAAACCAUUCUGCACCAUGACUCCAUGACGCUCUUUGGGUGGCGGGUCCUGGCCGAAUGGAGUAUUGAGCAUUCGUGUAUGGAUCCGGAGCAAAGAACUGAUACAUUCAAGACGUGGGAAAGGAACUGGGAGGCGUUUUGUGAGUGGAUCAUUGGGGAGUUUGGUCCGGAGUAUUUACGCUUUCCGGCUUCGACCCAGGCGGAUUCAUGGUUUUGA